CUCUUCCUAGGACUCGGGGGCGGGGCCAGCUGAAGGCGACCUGCAAGUGAGCUGCCCUUCGACGUGCCGUGUCUCCCUUUUGGACGCUCCCCGUGGAAGGGAAGGAAUGAGCCGGGCGGCGGCGGCACUGCUGUUGCUGCUGCUGCUGCCGCAGCUCUGAGACAGGAGCGGCCGCCAGGAUGGCUUCCGUUGUUCCCAUCGGCUUCACUGUACUGUAAGCGUCUCUCGCAGAGAAGAAUGGAGCUCCUUGAAGAAGACCUUACAUGUCCUAUUUGUUGUGGCUUGUUUGAUGAUCCACGAGCAUUACCUUGUUCACAUAACUUCUGUAGAAAAUGUUUGGAAGGGAUCUUAGAGGGAAAUACUCGGAAUGUGAUUUGGAGACCAUCACCUUUUAAAUGUCCCACAUGUCGAAAGGAAACUACAGUAACAGGAGUUAACAAUCUCCAAGUUAACUAUUCACUAAAAGGCAUUGUGGAAAAAUAUAACAAGAUUAAAAUAUCAACAAAAAUGCCUGUCUGUAAAGUGCACAGUGGUCAGCCUCUUAAUAUUUUUUGCCAGACAGACACACAGCUUAUAUGUGGCAUUUGUGCCACUCGAGGAGAUCACAUAAAACAUCUCUUUUGCUCUAUUGAGGAUGCUUACUGUCAAGAAAAGCGGGCUUUUGAGACACUGUCCCAAGUGUUUGAAGCAUGGCAUUGUGGAGAUGCACUUUCUCGACUAGGAACAUUGGAAACCAGCAAACGAAAAGCUCUCCAGAUGUUGACAAAGGAUUAUGACAGAGUAAAAGAUUUUUUUGAGAAAUUACAGUAUACUUUGGAACAAAAGAAGAAUGAGAUCCUCUCAGACUUUGAAACCAUGAAGCUUGCAGUUAUGCAGGCUUAUGAUCCAGAAAUCAACAAACUGAACACUAUCAUACAAGAACAGCAAACUGUGUUUAAUAUUGCAGAAACAUUUAAGGAUGUAUCCGAACCCAUUUUGUUUUUACAACAGAUGCAAGAAUUUAGAGAGAAAAUCAAAGUGAUAAAGGAAACUAGAUUGCCUUGUGUUACCGUAGACAUCAAAUCUACAAUUAAGGAUGUUGAUACUAAUCAGUGGGAACAAUUUAAGCUAGCAGAUGUCGAUAAACUUUCACUACCUCAAGAGAAAAGCUCUUUCAGUUGGGUGACAAAUUCCUUCCUUUCACCACGUUUUUUUGUAACUGCUUUAAUUUGUUUGCUGGUUGUUAUUACUCAAAUAUGUGUUACAGAUUUUUGGGGCAAAACUUUUCAAUAUUGGAAAACUUUUGUUUCUGCAUUUGACACAGGUUAUCUGACAGACCCAACAGAGAUGGCAGAUCAUGCUAUUUUAUACUGGGAAAAAGUAGCAGAUAGUGCUGCUGUUCUAAGUGAAAAAUGUGUAAAUUAUAUCCAUGUGUUGUUGAAUAAUGUUGCCCAAUUUGUGUACAUGUAUAAACUUUUAUAAAUCUAUUCAUGUUUAGGAAAUAUAUUUUCAAAAUCAGUGAGUUUGGUUUUUUCUUUAAAUGUAACAUUUUUGAUAUUUGAAAUGGUCUUGAUAAUUCAUGUAUUGAACUAUUCUGCAACUCAUGUUAAAAGCUGACUAUCUAUUGUUUUCUGAAAGUAAAAUUACAUGACUUGAUUUCUUUUUAGAAAAUAAUGUGUAUAGUGGAACAUAUAAACUUUUGAUUUAUAAAAUGUUUGUGUUUCAAAUUGGAGUAUAAGUUGGAAAUAUGUUUGCAUGGAGAUAUAAUACAUAAAUAAUGAUUGUAUACUACUACCACAAAUCCUGGUCCUUCAGAAAUAUUACAGAUUUUGUAAUUUGUUAUUAUAUGUGAACAUGGGAACUAACAAAUUAUUAACUUUAGCCUUACACAAUGUAAGCCGCCCUGAGUCUUCGGAGAAGGGCGGGAUAUAAAUGUAAAAAAAAAUAAAAAAUAAGCAACUCAAUACAAAAUGAAACUGUGGAACAUCUUGGGCUUGCAAAUCACAAGUCUUUUUUACACCUAACAGUUACAGUAACACAAGCUGUGUAACUUGUCAAUGGCCAAAUCUAUGGAAUGUUAUACAUUCAACAAUGUUCAUGCUGUUAGGGAGGUAUGGGAAAGAGUGUUUCAGGAGGGAAUCUUGUAGUCAGAUGUGAGUCCUGCACAAAUGAUAGAAAAUUUACUUUGGGUAUUAUUUACAUGAUGGAUGCAUUGAGGUUAUAGUGGUCAAGCUUAGCAGGUAGACUAGGCAGGACACAUAGCCUGGUAUGUUAAUUCUACUUCAUUGUAAAGCUACAUUAGGGGAGUCUUGCGAGUCUAAAAGUAUAGUCCUUUUACAGCCUCAUAAUUUGGGGGGCUGCUCUUCUGAGUCUCUUGUUCCACGCUUACUAUACCCUGUGCGCUGUGCUCGCUCUUAUUUGACCUUUGCUAGGUAGCAUUACUUUGCCCAGUCUCUCAAAGUAAUUCCACAUACCAUCACAACAGUAGAGGUCUUUGCGAACAACUUUAAUCAGGACCAACAACUCUGCCUUUAAGUAAAUUCAUUAAAUGAGAAAUCGCAACUGUUCUUUUCAGCUGGAAGGAGAGAAGACUACAGGUAGUCCCAAAAUCUUCAUAAUCGUGAUCACAAUCUGGACACUUGUGAAGUGGCUCAUCUGAUGGUUGCAGCAUCUCAUGUUUGCAUUUUGCAACCUUACCUCCCAGCUUCCCACAAUGGAGAAGCCAGCGGGGAAAGUCGCAAGUUGCUCAGUUAAGUCUACUCACUUGCGCACCCUCCCCCAGCCCCUCUGCAUUCAGCUCUGCCACCUACACACCCUUCCAAACUCUUGAUGCGCUCAUGCAGCAUAUUCCCACCCCCACCCUCCCUUAAUUCCCCUCUCUUACCCAGCAGGAGCCACUUACCUUCCUGGAGACCUGGUUGCAGAGUGCCUGGGACUUGUGACUUCCUGCUGGCUUCCCUGUUUUGUAUUUUGAAAGCUGGCAGGAAGUUACAAGGAGGUGUUUGCUUAAUGAUUCUUCAUUUAACAAUAGCAAUAGGGACUGCAGAUAUUGCCAUCACUAAGCAAUGCAGUCAUGUGGCACGUUUUACAAAUGAACUUAAAAAUGGAACUCAAUUGCCAUCAUAACUCUAGGACUACCUGUAAUUGGCUUUUGUUUGCUUUCAAGGGUUAGUGUCUUAUGCAGAUGGAAACCUAUGAUCAUAGUGACAGGAGUCAUAGGCAAACUAUAGAAAUGGCUUACAGUAUUCUUUGAAAAUUCCUCUUCAGUUUCUCCAAUGGGGGAAGGGGAGAAAUUAUUUUUUAAAGCAUUGUCAUAACUUUGAAUAGUCGCUGAUUGAAUAGUCCAUAAGGACGAUCUAUAUAAAAUGUGUACAAAAGCUAAUGAUCAUGCUUCAAAGCAGGACUUGAGAGGUAGAUAGCUAGAGAUGGGUUAUAAAUCAUCCAUCGUCAUGGAAAAAGCAAAGCUUAAUGCAUUUCAACAGGAUUAUGACUUAUUCGAAGAAAAAAAUUCCUAAGAUCUGUGCUGUGCUGGAUCUAGGGGAUUUUAUUAAGGACAAGGGUGGCCAACUAAGUCUGAGAAUUUAAGAGGAGUAGGGAAAGAAAAUCUAAAACAUUCUCCCCAGAAUCAGUAGGCAAUAAAAUGUUAACCAGUGCCUUCGCAUAAUUUAACAUAUUUUUCAUUUAUAAUGAAGAUUGGUACCACUAUGAUGUAGCUGAAGGAGAACAAAAUAUGUUUCUUUGCUUUUUAAAAAAUAGUUUUUUAAUGUGUUUGCAGUCUGGAUACUUUAUGCAGGUGGCAUACAUACAUAUACAAAUGAGGAUAAGUACUACCACUUCAUAUAUACUAUGAUAUCCAGGCUAGUGGUGAGUUAAAAAUUCAGUCAAUCAGAAUAGAGCUGGAAGGUACCUUGGAGGUUUUCUACUCCAACCUCCUGCUCAAGCAGAUAAGUGGUUGUCCAGUCUUUUCUUAAAAACCUCCAGUGAUGAAGCAUCUCCGACUUCUGAAGGCAAGCUGUUCCACUGGUUAAUUGACCUCACUAUUAGGAAGUUUCUCCUUAAUUCCAAGUUGCUUCUCUCCUUGAUUAGUUUCCAUCCAUUGUUUCUGGUUCUGCCUUCUGGUGCUUUGGAAAAUAAGUUGACCCUUUCCUCUUUAUGGCAGCCUCUCAAAUACUGGAAUACUGCUAUCAUGUCCCCCCUAGUCUUUAUCUCUAGGCUAGCCAAACCCAAUUCCUGUAACCGUUUUUCAUGUUUUUGCCUCCAAGCCUUUAAUCAUAUUCGUUGCUCUUCUUUACAUUUUUUCCAAAGUCUCAACAUCUUUUUUUUUUUUUUAUUGAAAGAGUUUUAAAAAAACAAAAACAUUUUUCCCCCUUUUUCCCCCUCCCUC